UAAUGGGUCCUGAAAUUAGAUCCGGACCCAAGCCUUGCCUGACGUCUAAAUAUAACAAUGGAACACUCCUUUUUCAGUGGGCUUUACCGCUCCAUUUGAAAAUUUUAAGCAAACCAUAUAUCAUAAUCUAACCUCCCAUCUUAAACCAGAUCCACAGCACAUCCACAUAUGCAGCUACCAAAGAAUUCCUUGAGAAUGACAUACGGGGAAAGCCAGACAUGGACGCGCUUGGUGCUCUUGGAGAUGCUGGCUGGUAUUGCAUUCGAGCCAUAUUGUGGGCCACUGACUACCAGUUACCCAAGAUUGUUGCUGCUUUCCAACGGUCGAUUUCAACCAACGUGCACUACAUGAAAACUGUCUUUUGCCUAAAGACUGAGAAAACCGCCGAUAAAACCUUUACCGGCCAUCAGAAAACUGCCGGCAAAAGCUCGGUCGGUAAAGGCUUUGCCAGCGGUCUGUCUUUUACAGGCAGUUGUGCUAGCCACCGCCUAGUUGGUGGGGUCAUCCUAUCAUGUGGGUCCUCCCUCCGAUGGGAGGACAACAUGGUGGCAACUUUCCAUUGUUCCUUCCUCUCCCAUGAAUCAAUGGACCUCAAUCUCUACGGCAAUGCUGGAUCCCUCCGCCUGCAGGACUUCAUCAUUCCUUAUGAGGGGACGUCUGCUUUGUUCUUCCUCACAUCUGGUGCAGAUUUCUUAGAGCUCUACCUAGGGAUGAGCAUCAAAGAUUCCAGGUGUGGCCUGGAUCUUGAAUGGCUUCAGAUUAGUAGGAAGACCCAGCUAGUCUUGGAUGCUGUGAAAAAAUCUAUCGGGCUCAGAUUCAAGCCAGUAGAGUUGUGA